AUCCGCUCCUGCAAUCCCUGGCCCAGUGGCCUGGUUUGAAGCAUUUGUAGCAGCGUUGACCAAAGUCUGUACGGCCUGCAAGGAUAUACAACUUUAGAAAUUCAACUUUUCUUCAGCUAAAGUGUCAAGAUGGCAUUUGAAGUACGAGGAGAACCACAAACUGUACAACACAUAGAUGGAGAAGACACUAUGCUUCACGACCCUCUUCUUGUCACCGUGUUGGAUUUUAAUAGAAGAGCCCUUGAUCAGCUCGCGCAUGCUUUGCACUUGACCGUAAAGCGCACUUAUAAUCAUGCUCCAGGAAUUGACAAAGGCAACUUCUUUAAAGGAAGAGAUGGCAGGGGUGUUAAUCCAUCGCAGGAUUCUUCUGGGAGAGAUGUUUAUCACCUGCUGAAUAACAUGAAAUCCCAUGUUGAUCUGUAUGCUGACCAUUUGGAAAUGGAGGAAGACACGGUGCUGGAGCAAACCGUUGAAUUUCUUCUUGAAACCAUAAGAAAUGGUAUGGCUCACCAGACUUACCUUGGUUGUACUGGGGACCCCGAGUCCAACAACUCUUGUGCAUGCGAGUUAAAGAAGAACGAUACAACAGAAAAGUGCUUGAGGAAAUGCAACGAAUUGCUGACAUGGAUUAUACACGCAAAAUUUUACAAAGUGAUUAGAAGUAAAAUUCGAAAGAUUCUUGACAACAUCAACAAUAUGAAUGGUGUCUUUGAAGACUUUAAAAACGUAAAGAAGUCGCUAAAAGAAAACCCACAUUAUGCAACAGAUACUGAAAGAGCUUUGAAAAAACUGGACAAGGUCAGAGAAGCGUUGGAGGAAGAAGAGAACUGCGAUGAUUCUAUUGAUGAAAGGCCACUUACACAUUUCGUCAACAUGGUAAUGCUUCCAAGACUAAAGGAAAUUCGAGAUUAAUACCUAAACCACAGUGCGCAUGUCUUACAGCCUUUUGCACAAAUUAUGAGACAUUUUUAUAUAUAUAAAUAUACCUAACCAAACAUCAAAAACACCCAAGAAAUUAUGGGAUACCGUCGC